GCGGAAGUCACUGCUCUGGCAAUGAGCGGGCUGUUGCUGGAGGGCGCGGAAGCCGUCUUGAACUCGAUGCUCGCGCGAUUAGAGGUCAUCAACAUGUGGGGUGACAGUUCGGCCAGCCUGUGCAUUUUUUCAAAGGCAGGGAUCAUGGCGGACCCGCUGAUUAGCUAA